AUGGACCAAUUUAACGAUUCUACACUCAGUUACGAUUACAGUAAUCCUCCGUUAAAUAUGAACAAGGGUUCAAACGCCGAAAAAUGGUUAUCCAUACUCUCACUGUUAAAAAAUGGAUCACAUUCAGAACAGGUAAUGGCCCUCACGGAGUUGUCAAAUCUGCUGAGCUACUCGAACGAGGAAUAUCUGCUAGGAUUUCCAUCUUUAGUAUACAUAAGAGUACUGUUCCACAUAUUGGAAAAUCCAAGUGUAAAAUAUUCGAAACUUUUUGAAAAAAAUAGAGAAAAAAGCGCCGAAUCGCAAAACAUGAGUAUGAAGUUCCACUUGCCAUACUUUCAACUACUCUCAUCAGUAUACAAGGACGAAAAGUUUCUUCUAGAUAACUUCUCGAAAGACAACUUUUUCGGAGCAGCGGAAACGGAAAUGGCAGCAGAAGCGAAGACGUCGGAGUACGAAGAAGGAAUGGACCUGGACGAGGAGGAGGAAAUGGAAGCAGAUAGCCAAGUAUACACGAAUAAAAUGAUACUGGCGGCGUCGUGCCUGCACACAAUACUGGAUAUAAUACCGUAUACGUCGAGGUACUUCGCAAUGAACGGGAACCUGACGACGCUGUGCUCGAAGCUCAACAACCUGGAGUACAUAGACCUUGCGGAGAGAAUACUGCUGAUAUUCGAAAAGCUUUCGCACGAAAUACCGCUGAGUCUGCUGAAAAAGGGAGUGAUGUACCACAUGCUGCAGUACAUAGACUUCUUCCCAAUAGAUAUACAAAUCUCGACGCUCUCGUGCGUGUUGAACCUGGUGAAGCUGGUGGACAGAAAGGAUUGCUUCGAAGAACAGGUGCUGCCAAUAGUGAAUCAGCUGUGCUCAUUUCUGCAGAGCGACAACAAGAAGAUGUCGGAGGUGAUAGUAGCAAUAUGGAGAGAGUCGCUGUCGAUUCUGACAGUAGUGGGCGACGAUCGUCUGGUGCAGAAGCUGGUGGCAGUGCUGACGGAAAACGGGUUCCUGGAGAAGAUACUGAGGCUGAUACUAUCGCCGAACGUGGGAAGGACACUGGUGCUGGAGCACAUGGGAAUGCUGUCGAGUCUGUUGAAGCUGUCAACGGAGAUGGUGGAACAGUUCUUCAAGUACGACCAGCUGGGUAACAUAAAGCUGCUGUGCUACAACCACAAGGAGUCGCUGCAGCACGUAUUCAUAAACCUGGCGAACAACAUCCUGAGUAACAGAAGAGAAGGUAAAAGGGGAAACAAAGAGGAGAAGGAGUCGGAGAACGCAGGAGAAGAGUUGAGCGGCUACGUCGAGGAGGUUGAGCUUUUGGAGAUGGACGGGAACGAGGAAAAGGGAACAAUGUACAAGGGAAACGGGAAUAGAGAGGAGUUCUUUUGCGAAAACGUGGAGUACUUCGCAUCGGUCUUCGAUCUCACGCCAGUGAGUGAGUUGUGCGACACGUUUUACCUGCUGAGGAGCGACAGACACAAAGCGUCAGUGAUAGGGCUUAUCAACAACAUCCUGAGAAUAGCGAACAGAAUAGAAAAGUACCGCCAGCUGCUGCAGAACACGCUGUCAGUGAGUAAGACGACGGAGUUCGUGUCGACGUGCUUCCUGCAAGUGGACCUGAAGGUGGAGGACGCAUUGGGAAGCCUGCUGGGAAUACUGGAGGAGCUGAUCAACAUCUUCGGGCGCGACGUGGUGGUAACCUUCCACAGAUACGGGAUUAACCACUACCUGACGCAGGCGGAGUCGGAGGAGCCAUCGCAGCACCACGGAAGAAGCAGCUGCACGACGCACAGAGAGGACUCGGACCUGCUCUACGAAAUAAGAAAUAACAUAGAGGUGUGGACGCCGUACGAGCUGGUGAAAAACGUACCGCUGCACAGAAUUAACUUCGUGAGAGACGAGCACACGCUGAAAAACUUUGUCACGGCGCUGGUGAGCCACUCGUACACGACGACGAACAUGGAGGUGCUGUGGAGAGCAUUCCUGAAGAUACUGCAACACACGAACAUGUACAGCCUCACGAAGAAGCAGAGGACACAAAAGGCAAUUACAGCGAACCAGGGGAAAGAGGCAGGGGCCAGGCCUGACGGGACUCCAGAGGCGAGAGAGGGAUGCGGAGGAUCGGAUCUGGAGGCGCUGCUCCUCUCAAGCGUAACGAAGAAGGCAGCAGUGGACACGUCGCUGACGAGAGAGAGCUCAGUGCAGCUGCUGGGAACGAAGGACAGGAAGGCGAGGACGGCCUUCGAAGGGAUGCUGAGGAAGUACGUGGACUCGGUCUCAGCGCACCCCUUCAACCUGAUACACACGCAGCUGAAACUGCGCCUGAGACCGUACCAUACAGUUGUCGCGACACAGCCCGGUUCGAGUAUUAGUGCCACCAUAAGUAAAGAGAAGGAGGAAAGCACGAAUCCCAAAGAUGAAGAGAAGGUAGAAGCGAAGGUUGCUGAGGAGGGAGAAAAGCUGUUGCCAAUAUGCGUGUAUGUGCCGUGCCUAGUGAGAGUGUCGAAGGUGGAGCACUACAUAAAGCGCUACAUAGAAAAGAAGAGGAACGUUAAGGUGUCGGAAGUGUACCUGUACCUGAACGAAGUGUGUCUGGGCUCAAACGCACAGUUGUACGAGUCAAUGUGCAGAUUCGGAGGCCUGCCGCCGAAGAAGAGAAGAAACAUAGUCAAUCACACACACGUGCUUAAAUACAAAUACACACUAAGCACGGAGAUAAACACAGAAACCGCCCAGCAGGAAAAAAUGAGUAACAGUAGAGCGGAGAAGGAGAAUCACGACCCGAAUGUAGUGGAAACGGAGGAGGGAGAACAGGGAUUGAAGGUAUACACGUUGUACAAGGGAGGAAAGUAUAACUUCAGAUCACUCGUGUCAGAUUUUAAGAGAUACUGUGAGUCAGGAGGAUUAAGAAGAUACAAGGAAAGGAGCGGAAAGAGCAGGAAGAUGACACAAGAAACGAUAAAAGAUGACAGCACAAUAGACAACAGUAGCAGAGUGUACGAAGAAUACACGUCUACCAGCACAAACGGAGAAGGGUCAGCGAAAAGUCUGGAAAUGGACCAAGAUGUGAGUACAGGAAUGGAAUACCUGGACACGAGGAAGCUCAUGGAAAAGUACAACGUCAGCAAUGAAAUGGAGGACGAGUACAUGAGUGAAAGGACGAGUUAUCUGAGCAGUAUGUGUAACCAGGCAACGGAAGGGAGCGUAGAGAUGCAAAUGGACCGCCUGGAGGAAAGCAGAUACGAAAGCAUUGAGCUGAGUAACCCAAUACUGUACUCAAAAAUGCAAAGCUUCAUGGGAGAGCUGGAUGAAAGAAGCAGAACGGUGGAGCAGAUCAUGAGAGUAGUAAAGUACGACCAGGAGAGAAUAAGCUUCAUCCUGGGAGAAAAGAGCAAAUUCGAAGACGUGCUGCUGGAGGCGGCAUUCCCACGCCUCCCGAACGUGCUGUCGGAAGAUAAGAAGAUACUGCUGAGAGUGAUGUCGAUACUGGCGAAUCUGACGGAGGGCAUGGGGGUAGGAGCGAGUUUCCUAGGCGGAGACGUCCCCUCGGGAGGCCACGAGGAGGCAUCGGAGGGCAGAAAGCCGGGAGCGGCGGAAGGAGCACCAGGGCUGGCGGUGAGCACGUCGCUCUCGCUGAAGGUGCUGGCAGCCUGCAGCAACCUGGCGGUGAGCCUGUGCUUCGGCUGCGAGUUCUGGGUGGCCUUCGUGCUGACGUGCAAGCAGAUAUUCUCGCUGAGAGCACGCACGACGCUCUUUAAGCUCAACACGCUCGGGCUCAACAGGAACCUGUGCGAGUUCUACGCGCGCGUGAGGAACGUGAGCAACGACGUGAUAACCGACGCAUUCGACGAGUACCUCUUCGAGUACGUCGCAAACAGCAACAUGGCGCUGCUGGACGAGGAGGUGAAGCUGCACAAGGCGAAGCUGGCGCUGAGCAGAGGCGACCUGCUGGAGGAGGCGAUGCGCAGCUUCGAAACGCUGCAGAACAACCCGAAGCUGGAAAUCGAGUACAAAAACGAGGCGGGCAUAGGCUCGGGGCCGACGCUGGAGUUCUUCACGCUGAUCGCAGAGAAGUUCGCAGACCACGAGGACCCGAGGCUGCUGGAGUGCAACGGAGGCUACCACUUCCCAGCGCCGCACAGCCUGGAGUGGACGAGCGCUGAGAAGCUGAUGCGCAGGCUGCUCAGCGGAGGCAAGGAGGGCGACCCGGGCGUAGUUGAGGCGCUCGACGCCGCCGAGGAGUUCGCAGCGAGGCUGUUCAGGCUCUUCGCGUUCCUGGGGAAGGUCUGCGCCUACUCGCUGCUCGACGACAAGCUCUUCGGGCUCUUCUUCAACCCGCUCUUCUGGGACAUGGUCAAGCACCCGAGUAAGCCGCGCGCGCUGACGCUCGACGCGCUGCGGGCGGUGGACGCGGGGCUGGCGGCGUCCCUUGAGCAGGUGCUCGUGCACCCCAACCCAUCUGAGCUGCACCUGACCCACGAGUUUCAAGGAUAUGAGCUAUUUGAGGGAGGGGCGUACGUCUACGUUGACAGAGACAACGUGGAAGACUACGUGCAGUCAAUAGUGGAGUUCAAGCUGUCAGCCGGAGUUAAUUUCCAGAUCUGGGCGUUCAGAUACGGAUUCAGCACAAUGCUGCCACUGUAUAGCCUCUGGUUCUUCAAAGACAGGGAGUUGAGCGAGGAGAUAUUCGGAACCGUUAAGAGCCAGGAGGAGUUCUGGACAGUGGAGCACCUGAAGAGCUACAUCAUCCCGGACCACGGCUACGACCAGAACAGCAGGACGUACAACAACCUGAUAACGAUACUGCACGAGUUCGACGACCACAACCGAAGACUCUUCCUCAAGUUCACAACAGGAGCGCCGAUCCUGCCAAGGGAAGGAUUCAAGUCACUAGUGUAA